CAAUCUUCUUGGCCAUCACCUUCCCCCUGCUCUAUGGCGGCUAUCACCGAUCUCUCCUUUAUGUAUCGCUGGUUCAAGAACUGCAAUCUGGUUCGCAACCUCUCAGACAAGCACGUCUUCAUCACGGGUUGUGACUCGGGCUUCGGGAACCUGCUGGCCAGGCAACUGGUCGAUCGGGGCAUGCGGGUGCUGGCUGCUUGCUUCACUGAGGAGGGGGCCCAGAAGCUUCAGCAGGAUACCUCUUACCGGCUGCAGACCACCCUGUUGGAUGUCACCAAGACCGAGAGCAUACAGGCAGCGACCCAGUGGGUGAGGGACCAAGUGGGCGAGCAAGGCCUCUGGGCCCUGGUGAACAAUGCUGGUGUAGGCCUGCCCAGUGGACCCAAUGAAUGGCUGACGAAGGAGGACUUCGUGAAGGUGAUCAAUGUGAACCUGGUGGGACUGAUUGAAGUGACCCUCCAUAUGCUGCCCCUGGUCAAAAAAGCUCGGGGCAGGGUCGUCAACAUGUCCAGCUCUGGUGGUCGUGUGGCAGUCAUCGGUGGUGGCUACUGUGUCUCCAAGUUUGGUGUCGAGGCCUUCUCUGACAGCAUCAGGCGUGAGCUCCACUACUUUGGGGUGAAAGUCAGCAUCAUUGAGCCGGGGAACUAUCGAACAUCCAUCCUGGGCAAGGAGGGCACGGUGUCCCGUAUGCGAAGGCUGUGGGAGCGGCUGCCUCAGGAGACCCGGGAUAGCUAUGGGGAGGAGUACUUCCGCAACUAUACUGACAAGUUAAAAAACAUGAUGCAGUUGGCAGAGCCAAGGAUCAGCGAGGUCACCAACAGCAUGGAGCAUGCCAUUGUUUCCCGGAGCCCCAGAAUCCGUUAUAACCCUGGCCUGGAUGCCAAACUCCUCUACGUUCCAUUGGCUAAGUUGCCCACCCCUGUGACAGAUUUCAUCCUGAGCCGGUACCUUCCAAAGCCAGCAGACAGUGUCUGAGCUGGGGAAGUCCAGGGUGGUCAGUGGAGUGUGGAGGGGGGAAGGGGGUGGGAAAAGAGACUGUAGGGUCACAAGAGGUGGUAUCAGACAUUCUGCGGGACACUUUGCUUGGCUGACACCCACUGCCGGAGAAUUUAUGGAUAACUUCUAGCAGAAGACAAGUGCCUCUUCCCACUCACUGGGGACUCACAGAAACUUGAAGUGGCCUUUGCAGGUGCAAAGACCUACAGCAUGGCCCCAAAAACAUCUGUCACUCAUUCAGGAUAUGGCUUUUUCUGGACCUGGAAAUGUCAAUGGGAGGAAACCGAGCUUCUGCUGAAUCAUGAGCCUCUCUCAGUUAUCACUACCACUGGGAAAUACUGCAAGAUAAUCGGGCCCACAGAAGCAUCUCAACCACUUUCCUACUGGGUCUCUAAAUAUGCAUUAACCUCGUUCCCACAACACAUUAUUUGAAAUAUGUAGUAGAGCAGAAAGGGAGUGCAAGAUUAUAUCAGGUAAAAGUUUGUGAUAUUUUCUUUCUAUAUAAAUCUCUCUGUUCAUAGGUGAUUGGGAUCCACAUAAAAUAACAUUCAUUUAUUUCAUUGCCAUUGAUUAAUCUUUUUCAAAUAUUUAUUGAGUGUCUACAACAUACCAGGCACUAUGUAAGUGCUAGAAGGAUGUAAGGAUGACUAAAUCAUGGUCCUGGUUUUUU